UACAACAGGUAUUACAUAGGUGAAUGAUAUGGUGAUUUAAAUUAUAUAUUUAUUUGUAGUGUGUGUGUUUUACAAUUAAAAUUUCAGAAUUAAGAAAAACCUGAAUACUCUUAGCCAUCAUAUUCAAUACAUUGCCGAGAAAUGAAAUCAGAUGAUCUGGAGGAAUGUGUCCUUUGCUGUCGCGAUAUCAAAAUUUUUGCUACUGGACUUUGCGAUCAUCCUGUCUGCUACGAAUGCUCAACGCGAAUGAGGGUAUUGUGUGAAACAAACGAGUGCCCGAUAUGUCGAACGAAUAUGCCCAUGGUAAUUUUUACUCAUGUCAAACAACCUUAUUUGGAUGUGUCUGAAAAAUUUUCUUUGAGGAAUGAGAAAUACCAAGUUACAUUUCAAGAUGGCAUUAUUCAGCAUGCAUUCGAAGUGCUACUGGAAAACCGAUGUAAUAUUUGUGCUGAACUGCUUAUAUCCUUUCAAAAGCUGAAGGAACAUAUGAGAAGAACUCAUGAACUUCAUUACUGUGAUCUUUGUACUGACAAUUUAAAGAUAUUUUCUUUUGAGAGGACAGCUUAUUCAAGAAAGGAUCUAGCACUGCAUAAAAGAGGAGAUCCUAACAAUCCUUCAAAUCGAGGUCAUCCUUUGUGCGGUUUCUGUGACGAGAGAUACGUAGAUGCCGACGACUUGUUUCGCCACUUAAGGAGAGAACAUUAUUUUUGCCACUUUUGUGAUGCUGAUGGUAGUGAUGAGUUUUUUAAAGACUACGAUUUUCUCCGAGUACAUUUUCGAAAAGAGCAUUACCUAUGCGAGGAGGGGGAAUGCGCACGAGAGAAGUUCGUUGGAGCUUUCAGGACUGAAAUUGACUUGAAGGCACACAUUGCUCAAAAACAUUUUAAAAAUAAGUCAAAAGCAGAAGUGAGACAAGCGAGGACGCUAGACUUUGAGUUCACCUAUGCUCACGCCAAUCGACCUAGUGGAAAUUCUAGUCCAAGGGGAGGUAGAAGAUAUGGCCAGCACAGGAAAAGAAACAUUGAUGAAAAUAAUUCAAGGGAUAGUCAAAAUCAGCAGCAAGCAGAAGUUGAAAAUAUUGACACAGGCUCAACGCAAGAAUUUCCUUACCUCUCAGAAGAUGCAACUCCAAAAACUAAUCAUGUUAUGAACCCUGUUUCAAAAACAAAUCCAAUAUCUUUGCAAACUUUUAGCCGAAAUCCUACACCAUACAGAAGAAAAGAUAUUACAUUGGAAGAAGACUUUCCAGCUCUGUGUUCCACAAAUGUUGCUGCUACUUCGGAUAUUUCCAAUAAUCAAAGCAAAAACUUUUCUUCUAGUAGGCAAAAUGCACCAGCAAGACCACCAAAUGUACAGAAAAACAUUUCCUCCUUGAGUGCUGCAGAACGCCUGUCACAGAAUUCCGUUUCCAAUUCAGUCAAUGUUGCCGAGAGCCAACAGAAACCAAAAUGGAUUCCCAAAAGAGAAAAUGCCAAAUUUGAAGAUGAAUUUCCAAGACUACAAAUAAGAAAACCUGAAGCUCAAUCAAAUGUAAACAAUAUUAAUAUGAACAGUGUGCCACCGCCCAGAGCAUUUCAUGAUGUGAAUCAUACUUCCUCCAAUUCAACUGCAAGUAAUCCUCCUCCUGGUGAUCAAUUUGUCACAAUAAAAAGCAAAUCCAAGAAAAAGAAACAGAAAGCACCUGCAUGGACAAACAGAGAAGACGAUGAGGACGACUUCGGGCAGGAUAGAUCUUCUGACAUGCAGCUAAGUUAUUUACGCACCAAGAAUGCUUUGCUUUUGAAUGAUCAAGAAAACACAGAUCCGUAUAAAAAGAAUUUGAUAAGGCCAGUGUCACCAUCUAGAGUUGACGAGAACCCCUGGGUCGAAAAAGUGUCAUUUGCAAAAGAUGAUUUUCCUCCUCUGGCUCCCAGCGAACCGGUUCGACAACCGCCUGGUUUCAGUGCGCCAAAGAAGAAAACUCCCCCGCCUGGUUUUACACCCACUGCACAACCAACUCCCAAACCUGUAAAGAUGUCUCUCAGUUCCAUAGCUCGGCAAAUAGCGCUUCCAGACCAAGAUAAAACAGAACUAGCUUCGAAUAGUUACGAUUUGAAAGAAACUUACAGAACUUACAUGAAACCUCCAGACUUCGAGACUCGCAACGAACAGCUUAUUAAGAGAAUAUAUGAAUUAUCCUUGGGCAGCGAACAUUUAUUCAAUGACUUUAAAGCCAUUUCCGGGAAGUUCAGACAAAAUCGGAUAGAUGCUGCAGAAUAUCACAGUAAGUGCCUUCAAGUUCUAGGGGAAGAAGGGUUUCUCGAGAUUUUUCCGGAUCUAGUUUCGCUUCUGCCAGACAUAGGUAAACAGCAAGAGCUCUUUGCCGUCCACAAUAGUUCCCUGAGUAAGAAGCAUGGCGGUGCUGUUCCGAAGAAAUUAAAUGGAUCGAGUUCUGUGUACGUGUGUGAUAUUUGCCAGCAAGUUGUGAUGCUGAGAGAUAACAAAAGCCAUGGAUUAGCUCAUAAAAUAGAAAGCCUCCAAUGAUAUUUAUUUUAUUGUUAUCUAUUUGACUGCUGAAUAUUGUUUUUUCUUUUAUUUAAGAUUAUUAGAACUGAUAAUAAGCUAUUCAAGAAAUUUGUAUUGUUUCUUUUUUUAUACAUAAACUGUUAUUCAAAUUUUAUUGAUAUAUAUAUAUAUUUUUUUUCUGUUGAAAAGAACUUGUGACGGUGCUUCUGUUUUCAUGCCAACCUAGGGCAUAAUGGCAUUGUAUGAAAACAUCUAUAUACUCUUAUCACACACAUCUUUGAACUGCAGUUUGUUUCUUUGUUUUAAAUAAUAAAGUAUAAACUAAAAGAAUAACUAAGGCCAACCCAACCUGGCAGCCUCUUACUGUUGCAAUUAGAAUCUGUUUGGCCUUCACAAUGCUGCCAGGUUAGGUUUGUCCCAACUAGAUUAAACUAACUUAUAUAAACUUUUAUUACAAAUGUGUUUGGAUAAAUGAUGAAAUUAAAACUUCAUGGCAGAAUUGCUUUGAAUUUUAAGAACACCAAUUGCAUAGUGUCGCAGUUCAGGCCUGACCUUGCCAAUGUGUACAUCUUUUUGGUGGAGUUCAGUAGAAAAAAGACUUGUUAUUGGUCUGAAUUUGAGUUGGAAUUACCUUAGCAAAACUACUACGACAGUAAUCUAACUCAACUCGGCACCAAUCAUUCUUCUUUAAUGUGCUAAGGUCAAGCUUCAGCUUAUCAGAAGCCACACUAUUGCUUUCGAUUGCUAGUAAUGAUUAAUUAUUUUUAUUGUUAUACAACUGUGCUAUGAAAGAUUGUGAUGCACUGUUGCAAUUUCAAAUUAAUCAAACUUGUACCAAAAAAUCAUUGGACUCUCUUAAAAUGAAUGAUGGAUGAGCUCAGGUAAUCUUUGUAUGUUUUUUAAACUCAAGGUGACUACAACUUUUUGUUUUUGAUUAACGUUUUCAGAAAUAAAGAUAUUUGUAUACUUGUUGAUAAGAACAUCAACCAAAUAAAUAUUGUUC